CCUUGUCGUAGUUUAUUCUCAUUUAAGUUUCUCCUAUUAAUCGUCCAACUUGUUUAAAAUAAAUCAACACGUCUUAAAAAUUCAAAUCUUAAUAAUGAUUCGGUUAUAUCUUUUAACCAUUUUAUUUAUCAUCUCGGUUUCGGUGAAUUUCGCCGAAGAAGAUGUUCUUUUGGCAAGUUUGUGUCAUCCAACCGAAUAUCGUUCGCGAAACACUUGUGACUGUAGUAGCGAAAAUGAAUCACCAUGGGGUGUUCCAGCUGUCAAAAUCGACUGCAGCUUCAAGAACUUGAAAUCUAAAGAUUUUCCUGGCGAUGUUCUCCCUCUGUAUUCCAAUACACUCGAUAUAUCUUGGAAUACAUUAGAAUAUGUGCCAAGUUUUGAAAGUGAUAGUCUUAAAAUUCUAAAUGCUAUGCAUAAUAAUAUUUUGGAAUUAGUGGAGAAUAACUUUCAACAUUUAACAAUGUUGCAGGAACUUUAUGUUAGUUGGAAUGCCAUACAAACAAUUUCAUCAAAUGCAUUUGAAGAUUUAAAAUAUCUUCAAGUCUUGGAUUUGUCACAUAAUAAUGUCAAACAAAUUGGAUUUAAUGUAUUUGGUUUUCUUCCUUCUUUAAAUAAACUGGAUAUGUCAUGGAAUCGACAGUUGAACAACUCAAGUGAUCUUCAGGCGGCUGAUUUUUAUUUACAAUUUGGAGUUUGUUUGAAACUGGCAACUUUAAAAUUAGAUAAAUGUGGCUUGAAGGAAAUCAAUUUGCCCGAAAAAGCUUUACUAACAUCAUUAAGCUUGAGGGAUAAUGAACUCGAGAGGAUACCAUCUGUUUUGCCAUUGACUUUGAAAGAAUUGGACUUUAGUGGAAAUCCUUUGUCAAGUCUAUCAGAAAGUCAUACGAAAAAACUAACAGGAUUGGAGAUUCUUUUCUUCGAAGACAUGCCAUCACUUACAACAGUUGAAAUGAAUUCUUUGACACAUUUAACAAAGUUAAGAGCUUUAAGUUUCCAAAACUGCAGACAUCUUUCAUCAUUCCAUGAAUUUGCCUUCGGAGAGCAACCAACCAAUCGAAGUUUGGAAGUCUUGAGUUUCCGUGGAUCUGCUUUGCGUUCAUUCAACGAAACACUUCUUCCAGUAUUUCAGCAAUUAAAAGAAAUCGAUCUCAAUGGAAUGCCAUUGAAAUGUGAUUGUGACAUGGUUUGGAUAAAAGAGCUGAAAGUCGAUACCAAUGGACGAUGUAUCACUCCAUCUAGAUUGCGUGGUGUCAAAUUGACCAAAGUGCAAAAGAAAGACUUUUCAUGUGACCGCUGGCCAAAAUGGGUUUACGCUUGUUUGAUUCUUCUAACACUCAUUCUUUGUACAGCUGGAAUAAGUUUGGUUGUUAUUGGACUUCGUCCGAAAUCGAAUAGGGUUUCGAUGAGGAGGAAAAUUGGAUCAAAUAGUCCUUAUGCAAGAGUUACAAUCGAGCCAAAUCGACAGGACAACAGUUAUUAUUAGAAAUUGUGUUAAAAUUAGUCUAAGUUGACAUUUUUUUUAUUCUUAGUAAGUGUACAUUUACUUGGUAUUGUGUGCGUGAAUUUAAGUUAUUAAUUUUGUAAACGUAAUAAAAAAAAAACAGAAAUAAAUG